CUGUUGCCAUAGGAGAGGUGCUCCCUCCCUCUCUGGCCACCUUCCUAGCCCUUGUCCAGACCUGCUCCAGCAGGUCCCCAUCUUUCUCAUGUUGGAGACCCCAGAAUUGGAUGCCGAACUCCAAGUAGGAUCUCACCAGAGCAGAGAAGACAAAAGGCAUUUCCAUUUUGACACAGAGUAGGGAAAAUCAUCUCCCCUGACCUGCUGGCCAUGCUCUUUUUGAUGCAGCCCAAGAGGUGUCUGGCUUUUUGGGCUGUGUGCCCUCAGGGUUGCGUCAUGUUGAGCUUCUUGUCCACCAAAACCUGUCAAGUCCUUCUCCUCAGGACUCCUCUCAGUUUGUUCUCCACCCAGCCUGUGUUUCUGCUUGGGAUUGCCGUGGUCCAGAUACUGAUGUCUUCUGGUUGUAAAUACCUGGAAUUCUCCUGUGUGGGCAGACCUUUGUUGCAGUGGAGUUAUGCUGAGGACUGUAACAGGGUCAUCUCAUUUCAGGAAGAAUGUAGUCCUGAAGCAGAAGAGACAAGAGAAACCAUGCAUGAGGAUCAGCUGGUUUACUGCUUUUAUAUGUACCAGAGAGGCCUGUAUGGAGACAACUGGAAGAGGAUGGAAUCAAAUACCCAAGGGGAAAAGAGAGGCCAGAAAAGAAUGACAUACCUCACCUACCUUUGGAACUGUGCUAUGGCUGCUGCUCAGCUGAGGACCUCUGGACUGAGUUUUUCUCUGCAGUGUGACCAGAUAUUCACUAAGAGAAUAGGAGAUGUUUAAUCCAAGCUCUGGAGGUUGGAAAUAGUCUUUGUGUGGGCCUGAACUUCUCAGGAUGUUUUGUGUCAAGCACCAGUCCACCAGCAGGUGUCCCAGAAGCCCAAUGGUUUUCGGCACAGCAGGCACAGAUCUCUCCUACCUGGUCCUGGAUCUUCUGAAGAGCUGUACGGAUGCUCUGCCAUAAGCAGGACGCAGUGCCAAAUCAAAAGCACAACGUGCAAAUUAAAAGUGUGUGGCUUGCAGGACUGGGUGUGUUGGAGCCAGGAUCUUCACCUCACCACAUGGAUAUGCUCUGAGUAGCCUGCUGUUGCCUUGGUGGCUGGAGUCGACUCUAUCAGCACAGCCAGGAGUGCUUAAUCCACUAUAGUCCAGAGGAUUAAGAAUGAGUUUCUGCAGCACAGCACAAGAAGGGGAUUGCCUCUGGUACAGCUGAAAACACGAUCCUGGAAAAUGUAAUUAUAGAAACUGUACUGCCCUGGUUGGAUAAAUCUCAAGGUCAUCUGAUGAUCACUGCAAAAGGACUGGCCAGAUACUGCUGCUGUUGCCCUGGCAUCAUGAGACCGUGAGACCUUCAAUUCAGCACUGAAAUAUGCAUACAAAAUGGGGUCAUACUACCUCUCCUUAACAACCAUCUCUCCUGAAACUGCCUUAAGAAGGAAAUGCACAGCCCAGCAGUGAGGAGGUUCAAAAUGCCUGCACGGCUUCUUUUUUUUUUUUUUUUUUUUUCCUUUUCAUUGAGAACAUUAAGCUAUUAACUCUAAUUCCCUCAGACGCAGAAGUCUGCAAUUAAUCUCACAUAUAAGACUUCGCAGAAGUUUGCCUGAAGGACCAAGUGUUGGCCUGAAGCCAGUUCUUUCAUUUCUGAGUCCUUUCCAUUCCUUGAGGGAAUUCUGCAUGGACAAGCUGGAUGCCAAAGUCCCCAGAGAGAAAAGAAGAGCAGAGGAUUUGUGUUUUUCACUACAUCUGCUAUAUUCCUGCACAAAGACAAGUCCUGGCCUUCUCAUCAGGUGGACACAAUCCUUCCACUGCCCCCAAAAGUACUAACUGUCAAAGAAAUUGGUGGUCAUGGGGAAAGGUGAGAGCAAGGUCAUGACUGCAGCUAUUUCAUUCUGGUCCAAACAGCUGUGCAGAUCUAAUGAGUGAAGGGUCUCCAUUGGAGAAAAUGGAGUCAAGGAGGCACUGUCCUGAGGCAAGUACAGGAGGAGGCACCUUCCUGAGCACAGAGCAGCAUCUUCCCUAACAUUUUGCUUCUGAAGUGUUUUCUCCAGUGGGGGUGCUUGCAAGUCUUUAAAUUUUGUGUGUGGGAUUAAUAGAGUAAAUUAGGAUAAUUAUUUGUGUCUUCAAGCAUUUAUUCAGCUGUUAACCAAAAUUCUUGAUUGCAGUAGCAGUAUUUUAACCAAUGCAGCAAUGCAAAGCAGUAAUAAAAAAAAAAGAAAAAAGACUGUGAUACAGUGGUCUGUAAUAAUAAUAAUCAUGUUGCAACUGAAACAAGGAACAUGGAAAACAUACAGUAAAGGUGAAAUCUCAGAAGAGUAAAAAGCAUGAGAGAUACCUUUCUGCUGUUCAUGACCUUGGGCCUGAUUCAGCUAGGCCACACAAAUUUGUGUGCCCAGCUGUACUGGAGCAUGUCCUUUGGUGCUCGCUCAGGUGAGGCUGGAGGGCUUCUGUGAGCACCUCCCUGGUUCUCAGCCCUGCAGCACUCCAGAGAGCCAUUCCCUUCUGGGUAACUGGAACCUGGUCUGCUUGUCUCCAUGGAAAUACUACAAAUAUCUCCUGUCUGUCAAGCUGCUCUGAGGUGGAUUUAAGCCUAGUAUGUACUGUUUUGGUGAGGAGUCAGUUAUGAUGUAGAGUUCAUGAGCAGGUAGCUGGCCAAGAAUACACAGCUCAAGGGAAGUUAUGGGAAAGCACUGGAAGACUAACAGUUUUGAACACAGUGUCUAACAACCUGAACCUAAGCCAAGUUCAAUGGUUCAUUAAACUCAGGUGACAGGAUUUUGUGGGUCAAGGAGAAAUGGAUGAGGAAAAACGCUGUGGAAAAGCAUUAAUUUAAUGAUGCAGGUGAAGGUGAAGACUGUAUGUGAACAAGCAGUGCUGUACAUAAACAUGUUCAAACAUGAAAGGGAGAUAUAGAAUAAGACAGUUUAAAGCAUUUGACCUCCAAAUUCCCAGAUCAAACCUCCCUGCUCUAGGAAGGAAAAAUUAUGUUAGAUUUAAAGGUGGGUGCUAUAGGGAGAGCAGUGGUUUCUUGUCUCUCUGAAGAUUAAAGGCUGUGAAUGGUAUGAAUUCCUAGCCUAGGAUGGUCUGUCUUGCUAGGACUUGUGUGAAAUUGAAUCCACUCUGGAGAAUUCAUACCAGAAAGGCUGCAGCUAUACGCAUGACAUUCUCAUGGAUUAGAAAGAUGAAUUUUCAUGGGCCAAAUUACUUUAGAGAUUCUGGCACUGUCAUAUCAAGGUGAAUCCUAUUAUCCAUCCGGGGUAUCCAGGACAAUAUGAAAACACCACUGGGGUAUGGAAUGGAGAGGCAGCUAACUUGCAUGGGAAGAGAUAGUUGAAUGCAUCAGUGGGACAGAGGUCUGUGUGUACACUGUUUUUAUAAACUUCAAAAUUUAGGGCAGAGAACAUAGGCUGAGCACAGUCUCUUCCUUGUCUUCAGUGUUGUCUUAGCUAUAUUCUGGAGAAUAUAAGGUUGGCUUUUAAUCAGUGAGGUCCAGCUCAAAGAGGCAACAUUUGCACGAUGCAUCCAAAAUAAGCCUCCAUUAGGAAUCCUACACUGUUCCUCAACAGAUGUUUUUAACUUUUCUUUGAAUUCUUUCAAAAGGAAAAUACAUUGCCCGGAUUUGCCAGCUACCUUGAUGAUUAAUGGAAUGUUGAGGGAUCAGGUGUAUCAGAUGGCCUCACACAGGGGUCUGGUAAACAAGAAAGACAAAGCUGUAGCUCAGACAUUGUGGAGACCUUUGUCUGCUUGGGGUUUUUUUCUCUUAGUUUUUAAUGCUUCUUGUUGAAAAACUGUAGUGUAAUAAUUAUUAUAUUUAUGUACCAACACAUGUAAAGGAGGCAUGAAUAAAAUUCUCUUCUUAGGUCUUGUUCUUUGGCUAUAGCACCAACUCCACAGUCAUUUUCUCCUGCUGGAUGUAGGAUCAAUAAUAAAUAUAUACAUUUUUAACACUAGAGAAACCAUGCCAAACAGUGCCAAAGAGGCCCUACAGAGAGUGCACAGGUUAGGGGUGUGUCAGGUAAGAGGAACAUAAUUUAUUCAUUCACUCCCUCUGUUUCAUGCCUUUUAAAUUAUGAAAAAGUCACAAAAGUCUCCGCCUCCUUGCACAUUUUUGAAAGAACUCCAAGCAGAAUGACCUCCUUCUCUGUUCUCUUGGUGAGAGGACACCCUUCUGCCUACAGUGAAAGGAAGAAAAUACUAGCAUCUGCUAGUCCAGCAGACAUAUCAGCAGUGGAAGUUUACAGGUUUUGUCUGGUAUUUUCCCUCUUCCUAAGGCACAUGUUAACAAUUUUGACCUUUCCAGUAAUUUGAUUCCAAAAACGGUGUUGGAGCAGCUGAGCCCUAUGAUGCCAUUUGGAAGAUUAUUAUCGCUCUGAAAUCAAAGCAAGCAGCUGCUUGUUCAAGCCUGUAUGGAGAUCCCCUCACUCAUGCAGAUCCUCCUCUCUCAUUUCUCAGUGUCCUCAGCCCUGGGCCUGCUGUCAAAAAGUUCCAGUCUUCUUGGCCAAUGUAAAUGACAAAUAUGCUGCCAAUUCUCUGCAUUUGUGUAGUACAAAAAAGCUGUAGGAGAGCCAAGCUGGUUGAAUAUACUAAAGGCAACCUUGCACCCAGAUACCUAGGAUAGAGGGGGCAGGGUCUGUAAAAACUUUUGUUCGUGGUGUGCAAUUAGUUGAAAGGACACCUAGGCUAUUUAAAGAUAGAUCAGAAAGUGUUCUCUUCUUGCCUUAAGCAGAAGCUGGCUCAUGCAAAAGUUCUCCUUCCAGAUUUGCAUUUCCUUGGCUCCUCCCACAGUGUGAAUAAUCCCUAACACUUCCGUGACUCAGUGGAUUUGCUAUGGAAAUCAUGGCAAUAUUUUCAGAGUCAUAGUCUAAUACCUGAGCCCCGACAGGAUUCGUGCCCCCACAUCUCUGGCAUUUUGCAUAGUUAUGUAACGCCUCUUACUCAUGGCACUGAAGUCAGGAGUAUGUCCGAGUUGUGAGGAACAAGUGAAAUUUGGAGUAAAAAUCCAAACCUCCCUUUCCCUCACUCUUGAAAACCUUAUCAUUCAUGUUUGAGUAUGCAACAUUUUUUUAAAAUGUGAUUUGCAGAUAUCUUGCUCUGUUGAUGACAGCAACAGGGUUACAACUUUAAAUUUCUUAUGCAUGGCAAAAUUCAAGUUUCUGUGUAGAAAGAAAAUCUGAUUAGCUACUUCACAAGACCAACAUGAGCAUCUGGCAUUUCAUCCCCUUUUCUCCUGGUCCCCUCCCUGUUUUUCCCUAAAUGCUCAAUAAGAACAGUAGCUGGGAGACCAGGUGUGUAAAAAAAGAGAAAGUAAUCUCAUUCAUAUAACCCCUUAAGCCCACAGCUCUGUUUCUUAUAUCAACUGAAUAUAUAGCUGUUCUCAGAAAACUGAUAAUAAAAAUAAUUUUAGAGGUUCACUGUUCCGUGCAGAACAGUAGCUUUCCUCAAUGCAGUUUCUGGUUGCUCCUUUAUGCAAAGUAUCCUUUCUGCUGUGUGUGACACAGAUUGUUCUCCCAGGUUAAAUGGAACACUCACAAUGAGUGCAGAGGCCACAGAGCCUUGUCAGGGGGUGGCUCCACUGGGGAGUGGUCACAAAAGAACUAUUCAGAUAUUUUUAUGGGAUAUUCAGAGAGGGUAUUUAACCUGGCUAACUGAAAAGUAGGAGUAAAUCACCUUGCAGUGAAUUCACAUUUAUAAAUACAAAUAGGAUUUGAAAGUGGUAGGUGUGCAUGGCUUCCAUAUCAGCCACAGCUGCCUUCUCUAGGCCAUAAUCAUAUUUUCUGAGAAGUUGUAUAAGCCACUACUGCUGUCUGUAAUAAUAACAGUAGCACUGACUGUUCUGCUCAUAUAUUCAUAUAGCCAUGGUCUCUUACAGCAAGAGCUACCUCCCUUGGGGCUACAGAAAGCAGAUCCACCUGCAGACUGCCAUGCCGCAGCUGUUGAGCAUGUGGGGAAGACAGAGCCAGAAAAGCAGUCAUACAUUGCAAAGCCACUCUCAGGUUCUGUUUCACAGGUGAAGAAACUGAGACAGAUGGAGGGCAAGUGAUUUUCUCAAAGUGAUAUGAGUAAUAUCACUGCUAGUGCCAGGUCUUAAAACUAAUCCUGGCUUAGGCCAUAUUCUGGGAAGUGUACAGUAAACUGAACAGCAACAUCCCUGGGCUUCUUGCUCUUGCCCCAGGGAGACUCACUGCAGACAUGUGGCACAACUGGCACUGUGGGUGCACCACUGUGUUGGCUCUGGUCCAACAGUACUGCUGUGGGACCUUCCCCUUUCUUUCUCCCGCAGUGAGCAAGUAGUGAUUAUUUACAUAGUAGGCACUCUUUCUUAAAUUAAAAUGAUCCCUUCUGGGUUUUGGUCCUGUUCAGUUUGGUCUUCCCUUUUUUGACACAUUAUGUAGUUGGGUGACAGAAUUAUCUAUAGGUAGCACUUGGCACUGGCAAAGACACUGACAUUUCACAAAUCAGUAGGGAUGAAACAAAGGAUUUGUUGUUUGCUGCUGCUCCAAGAAUAGGCUGCACUGAGAGCAAGCACACCUUCUAUUUCCCCUCUGCUCCUUGUCCCUUCAGUAUCCUUUAUCCUUCCCCAGUGCACUCUGAGCAGUAAUUCCCACUUCUUUUCGUUCUCCAUCAGUCCCUACAAUUGGCUGCCCUGGGAGCACAUUAAGCUCGGGUGCUCCAUGACCUGAUUGCACCAAAGUUUCAGUAGACCAUGGGCAAAAGCUGAAACAAUCACCUUUUUUUUCUGUCAGAGGUAUUGCAGUGUGAAGGAUCAUGACUCUCACCAACCUCUCUAACUGUGAGUCUGGGGUGCACCAAUCUGCCCCCUUCCUAGAUCUUUUCUCUGCCAUUCUGAAAAAAUUCCAUCUUUUUAUUUGCCGAGUUCUAAGGUUCUGCUAGACUCUUGUCUCUGACUAAAGAGCUUGCUCACCCAUGAGUCCUGUUUUGGACUUUCAUCUUCCUCCUGUUCCUCCAGCUUGGCCAAGUUCUGACCUUGAGCAGAUAGUCAGGUAGGCAGUACUGUCUGCAGAGAGAGUGAGGGCUGCAAAGGAGAAACACCAAGGAAAUAAUCCCAAACAAUGCUUUUGGCAGUAGUUUAUUUGCACAUGAUGUGAUAUCACAGAAUCACAGAAUCACUAGGUUGGAAGAGACCUUCAAGAUCAUUAAGUCCAACCCAGCCCUAACACCUCAACUAAACCAUGGCACUGACCACCACAUCCAGUCCUUUUUUUAAACACAUCUUGGGAUGGUGACUCCACCAUAUCCCCAGGCAGACCAUUCCAGCAGUUUUUCUCUCUUUCAGUAAAAAAACUUUUUCCUAACAUCCAAACUAAAUUUUCCUUGGUGAAGCUUAUGUAUCUAUCCAGGGCCACAUCUAAUCUUGUCUUCUUGUCUUUUCUUGUCUUGUUAUUCUUGUCUUCCAGGAAAAGUGGUGAGGCUGGAAAACAGCCAAACAGACUAGCUUGUCUUAGGGCUAGGAGUUCUAUGACUUGUAUGGGUCUUUGAUGGCACCCAUGGAUUCCAGGCUAACCCAGGAUUCAUUGUCUUUUCUAGUUAUUCAGACUUUCCCUAGCAGUCCAUCAUCCUAGGAACCAGCUAGUUUCCUGAAAACUAACACUGUCAUUUCAACCCAGUAUUUUUGGCAGUCCUAGGACACUUCUCUUACUGUUUGGUAUGCUUGGAUCUGACCUAGAUAACCCAGACAACUUUCCCAUUGUUCUUUGAACAGCAUAACCCUCUUUGCACUGGUUAGUUGUUAGGCCAAAAUAUAGAAAUGCUCUAGGUGAUGUGCUUCACUUUUAAAAGAGAAAGAGAAGAGCACAAAUAUACACAUAGAAACUACCAAAUUAUGAAAAACAAGUGGUUUCUUAAGUUCUCUUUUCAGGUGGCUGACUUGAAAUCCAGUGUUAAUUCUUUAUUGCUCCUGUCUCCUGAAAAGAUAUUUAGAAGGGAGAGGGAGUAGCACAUUUCCAGAGCUAGAUAUUGGAAAGGAUCAGUAGCUCCAUCUCGUAGUAACACUCGUCAGUCAGGCGUGUGCUGUGUAUCACUCAGUGGAGGAGUGCCUGCUCUACGGUGCAGCAUCUCUGCUGUCACUGACAGCUUCAGUCCUGUAUUCCUCACUUAACUUCCCACUGUGACUCUCCUCUGCACCUUCCAUCCCCUAGUAUCAGACUGCUCCCUGCUUCUGGAUCAUCCCCUUUCUUGACUGUGCCAUGGGUUUUGUACCUCUAUGCCUUUUGCAGUGUCUCAUGCUGACUGCUUUUCACACUUUCAAUCUCUUUUAUUUCUCCUAUUUACCCCUCCCUUCCUGGUGUUUUCAGCAUUAAAAUAAUAUUUGGCAUGUCUUUGAAAAACAUUUUUAAGCCAGAAUCAUAUUUUCUUCAGGUUUUUAUAGUUUUAUCCAUCUCACAAUGCCAGAGGGAAAAGUGAAACUAAGCACACUUAGUGAUCACCCUACAAAAUAUUAAUGUCAGAAGCUGACUUCAAGGUAUCUCAGUCUCAGUACAUGGUUCUCUGGCAGGGCAUGAGCACUGCACUUUCCUCAACACCACUUAAAACGUGGGAACUCCUGCCAUCACAGAUCAGCCAGUGGGUGGCCUGUGCCAGCCCCUUUGGAGCCUGCUCUGGUACAAAGUCAGCCAGAAAGGCAGGCUGGUGAGCUGUGUACAGGUGGGAGUCAUGUGCAGGAUUCCAGCACCAGUUUUGGGCAUAUCAGCAAGCAGCUGGAAUAUUGCAGUGUAAAUCUUUUUCAGAUGCUUAAAAUAUGCACAAAAGUCAUGGAUUUGGCAAGAGGGGAGGAUGUGAUAAAGUAGACAGAUCUUUUCUUUGUCCUUUCUGAUCUGUAGGAUACUACAGUUAUCUGAUGCUGUGCUUUCAGAGCAGGAGCAGACUCUGUGUCAGCAUCAACACAGGGCUGAGUGUAACUUGUCUACCUGGAAAUAUACACAUGCUUUAAUUUAUUGUAAUAGAAGUGUAAUAGAAGGAAAUAAACCAAAACAUUUCCCCAUUUAUGAGGGCAAUCUGUGUGUCUGCUGAGUAUUGCUCCCCCUUGGACAGUGCUGUUGGAUGGCUGUCAGCACACUGAAGGCUUUUACAUGCAAGAGAAAGCCAACCUAAACUCCCCUCAUCUGGUCUGGAUAAUCUGACUGAUCUCACCCUUUCUGCCGAACAAUGGAAAAUUGCCUGAAUAUUUAAACAUGUAUUGUUCUUAGGGAAACAAAAUGUUCAGCUAGUUUGGUUGCCUUAGCAACAUUCACUUCUAAAAAUACAAAAGACACAAUCUACAAAAUAAGUGAACGUGCGGAACAGGCAAGGAAAGAAAAAUGCUUCUUUCUUCCUGACCCAGAGCGACUUCGUGGUUGGCAGAAAUGCCUUCAUUUAAAUCUCAAUGAAGGAUUUAGGACGUAUCUUCACACACUUGUUGAAUACAUUUAAUUCUUAAUAGUUUAUAACAUGGCUGAUGUUCUAAAGGCAAGUCCCUGUGACAUCUCUUUUCCAAUGGCUCCAAACCUAUUCUGUCAGUGGCCCUUUAAAAAGAUGUAACUCAGAAAGCAGAGAUUGCACCAGAAGAAAAUAACAGGUCACUGCAAGGGUUGCUGUGUGCUGUGGAGCAGGAGGGUUAAAACAGUAAAAGUUGAUCAAGAAUGAUUAAAGGCCAGCCCAAGAUGCAUCUUGCAAAGGCAAGUAAGAGAAAAAACAAAUUAUUCCCUUGUGACAUGAUGUGGAAAGGACCUGUGCAUGCUUGGGGGAAAAAAUGAGGGGAUCCUAGGUGUGUCCCAAGGACAACAAAAAUUAAAUUAGUAAAACUCCAAUUUUCAGUAAUUCUGACAAAGGAGAAUAUGGAGCAAACACUGUGUGUACAAAAAAGGAAAUUACUGUAUUUGAGAUGAAACAGGAACAUAAGCAUCUUGAUCAGCUCCAGUCACAGGGACCAGAAUAUCUCAGAAUAUUGAGAUAACUGGCAUAUGAAAUGGCAAAUCUUACAGGGCGGAUUUUUAAUUAAUCUGUCAAGUUGGUGGUGGCACUGUCUGACUGCAGAAUAACAGAUGCAGUGCUUCUGUUAUCUCUAAGAAAAUGAAAAGAGUGUAAUCUAGGGAAAUGCAGACCCAUUCUUCUGACCCCCACAGUACUUACAGGUUUAGAGCCAAUCUGUAGGAGGGAAUAAUUUAAAAAAACCACAGAGGCAAAUGAACAGUGAGGAACAAUGCAAUAUUAGUUUGUCAAAGGCAGAGCAUGCCAGAAUAGCUCGAUAUUUCUCUUUGAUAAAACAACUAUUUUGGAUUGGGGAAAUUAUAGAGAUCUUACCUGUCCAGACUACAAUAAGGAAUUUGACAUAGUGCCAUAAGUGAAAUUAAUAUCUAAAAUAGAAGUUAUGAAAACGUUAGAAGUUAGAUAAAGACCUGGCUGAUGGGGAAACAGUCAGGUUGUACAGAAAGGGAAGGCAUCAGUUUGGAAGAGUGGAAUUCAGUUGCCGGCUUUCCUAGUACCUUAGCUUUAAUAUGCAGAAAUGUAUCAGCAUCUGUAGCACAACACUGUUGUGGCUCAACAGCUGGAAAUGCCAGAGAAUGACAAAACUUGCUCUAAAUAAUAUACCACACUGUCAUUGCACAGUGACUGCAAGCCCCAAAAAGUUGCAAGUGUGUAAAGACAAAUAAUACCCUACAAAGUAUCCAGAAAGAGAAGGAAGAGUGAUUAAUGAUAUGCAGGACUCAGGAGAGAUCUCAUCUGAAAAAUGGAGUACAAUUCUUGUUGCCCACUUCCUAGAAAAAUGAGUUUCAGUGGGGGCUGGUGAAGAGUGAGCACAUGUGACCAGGGCAAGGGAGGCUCAUAACCUAUGUAGAGAGACUAAGGGAAACUGCCUUUUGCAGCCAGGAAAGUGAAGGAUGAGAGUGGCUAGAUUUCCUCUCUAUAAAUCUAUUGGAGUGUAAAAAUCAGAUACUACAGCUGAAGGACCUCCCAAGAACAACUGAGUCUAAACUGACCAUAAAGGAAUUUACUCUAGAAAUUAAAAGAAAGCUUCUAGCCAUCAGAGCAAUCAGGUUUAGAAACAGUGUCUAAUAGGAGAGGCAAGGAAGGAGGCCAGAUGCUUUAAAAAUAUUUCACUCAAAUGAAAGACAUUUUGUUCUUUGGCAUCCUGUCAUAGCACUCAGUGACUGAGAGGCUUCCAGGGCUAUAUUUGCCUAAUCACAAAUCAGUUUGUUACCAUCCAUAUCAAAGAGGU